GGGAUGACUUCAGACAAAACCCUUCAGAUGUCAUGGUGGCGGUGGGCGAGCCUGCAGUAAUGGAAUGCCAGCCUCCUCGGGGCCACCCAGAGCCCACCAUCUCCUGGAAAAAGGAUGGCUCACCCCUGGAUGAUAAAGACGAGCGAAUCACUAUCCGAGGAGGGAAGCUCAUGAUCACUUACACCCGUAAAAGCGAUGCUGGCAAGUAUGUUUGUGUUGGUACCAACAUGGUAGGGGAGCGGGAGAGCGAAGUCGCGGAGCUGACUGUCUUAGAGAGACCGUCCUUUGUGAAGAGACCCAGUAAUUUGGCAGUGACUGUGGAUGACAGUGCUGAGUUUAAGUGUGAGGCCCGAGGAGACCCCGUGCCUACGGUUCGGUGGAGGAAAGAUGACGGAGAGCUGCCCAAAUCCAGAUAUGAGAUCCGAGAUGAUCAUACUUUGAAAAUUCGGAAGGUGACAGCUGGCGACAUGGGAUCAUACACUUGUGUUGCAGAAAAUAUGGUUGGGAAAGCCGAAGCAUCAGCCACUUUGACAGUUCAAGAGCCGCCACAUUUUGUCGUGAAGCCUCGAGACCAGGUGGUUGCCUUGGGACGAACUGUGACUUUUCAGUGUGAAGCAACUGGAAAUCCUCAACCAGCUAUCUUUUGGAGGAGAGAGGGGAGUCAGAAUCUGCUUUUCUCAUACCAACCUCCACAGUCCUCUAGCCGGUUUUCAGUUUCCCAGACGGGGGACCUCACUGUUACGAACGUCCAGAGGUCCGAUGUCGGUUACUAUAUCUGUCAGACUUUGAACGUGGCUGGAAGCAUCAUCACAAAGGCAUAUUUGGAAGUUACUGAUGUGAUUGCGGACCGGCCUCCCCCAGUCAUCCGACAAGGUCCUGUGAAUCAGACUGUAGCAGUGGAUGGUACUUUAAUUCUCAGCUGUGUGGCCACAGGCAGUCCCGUGCCCACAAUUCUGUGGAGGAAGGAUGGAGUCCUUGUUUCAACCCAAGAUUCUCGGAUCAAACAGCUGGAGAGCGGGGUCCUGCAGAUCCGCUACGCUAAGCUGGGUGACACCGGUCGGUACACCUGCACUGCUUCGACCCCCAGUGGUGAGGCCACGUGGAGCGCUUACAUCGAAGUCCAGGAAUUUGGAGUUCCAGUUCAACCUCCAAGACCCACCGACCCCAAUUUAAUCCCCAGUGCACCUUCAAAGCCUGAAGUCACAGAUGUGAGCAAAAACACAGUCACUUUAUUGUGGCAGCCUAACCUGAACUCCGGAGCAACCCCAACGUCUUAUAUUAUAGAAGCCUUCAGCCAUGCAUCUGGUAGCAGCUGGCAGACCGUGGCAGAAAAUGUGAAAACAGAAACAUUCGCCAUCAAAGGGCUCAAACCUAAUGCGAUCUACCUUUUCCUGGUGAGGGCAGCAAAUGCCUAUGGGAUUAGCGAUCCGAGCCAAAUAUCCGAUCCAGUGAAAACACAAGAUGUCCCACCAACCACCCAAGGAGUGGACCACAAGCAGGUCCAGAGAGAACUGGGCAAUGUUGUCUUGCAUCUCCACAACCCUACCAUCCUUUCUUCCUCUUCUGUCGAAGUGCACUGGACGGUGGACCAACAAUCUCAAUAUAUUCAAGGUUAUAAAAUUCUCUACCGGCCAUCUGGAGCCAGCCAUGGUGAAUCGGAGUGGUUAGUUUUUGAAGUGAGGACCCCAACCAAAAAUAGUGUGGUCAUCCCCGAUCUGAGAAAAGGCGUCAACUACGAGAUUAAGGCUCGCCCAUUUUUUAAUGAGUUCCAAGGAGCAGAUAGUGAAAUCAAAUUUGCCAAAACCUUAGAAGAAGCACCAAGUGCCCCUCCCCGAAGUGUCACUGUAUCCAAGAAUGAUGGAAAUGGGACAGCAAUUCUGGUCACUUGGCAACCGCCUCCUGAAGACACACAGAAUGGAAUGGUCCAAGAAUAUAAGGUUUGGUGUCUCGGCAAUGAGACUAGGUAUCACAUAAACAAGACAGUAGAUGGCUCUACCUUUUCGGUGGUCAUCCCCUCUCUGGUUCCUGGGAUCCGCUACAGUGUGGAAGUGGCCGCAAGCACUGGGGCUGGCCCUGGGGUGAAGAGUGAACCCCAGUUCAUCCAGUUAGAUUCUCAUGGAAACCCCGUGUCUCCCGAGGACCAAGUGAGCCUGGCUCAGCAGAUCUCCGACGUGGUGAAGCAGCCAGCGUUCAUUGCGGGCAUCGGGGCCGCCUGUUGGAUUAUUCUCAUGGUCUUCAGCAUCUGGCUUUACCGACACCGCAAGAAGAGAAACGGGCUCAGCAGCACGUACGCGGGUAUCCGGAAAGUCCCGUCCUUUACCUUCACACCAACAGUAACUUAUCAAAGAGGAGGUGAAGCCGUCAGCAGUGGAGGGAGGCCGGGACUCCUCAACAUCAGUGAACCCGCCACACAGCCAUGGCUGGCGGACACGUGGCCCAACACAGGCAACAGUCACAACGACUGCUCCAUCAACUGCUGCACAGCCAGCAACGGCAACAGCGACAGCAACCUGACCACCUACAGUCGCCCAGCUGAUUGUAUAGCAAAUUAUAACAACCAACUGGAUAACAAACAAACAAAUCUGAUGCUCCCUGAGUCAACUGUUUAUGGUGAUGUGGACCUUAGUAACAAAAUCAAUGAGAUGAAAACCUUCAAUAGCCCAAAUCUGAAGGACGGGCGUUUUGUCAAUCCAUCAGGGCAGCCCACUCCCUACGCCACCACGCAGCUCAUCCAGGCAAAUCUCACCAACAAUAUGAAUAACGGCGGCGGGGACUCCAGCGAGAAGCACUGGAAGCCUCCGGGGCAGCAGAAACAGGAAGUGGCACCAAUUCAGUAUAACAUCAUGGAGCAAAACAAGCUGAACAAAGAUUAUCGGGCAAAUGACACAAUCCCUCCAACCAUCCCAUAUAACCAAUCCUAUGACCAGAAUACAGGCGGAUCUUACAACAGCUCAGAUCGGGGCAGUAGUACAUCUGGGAGUCAAGGCCACAAGAAAGGGGCACGGACACCAAAGGCACCCAAGCAGGGUGGCAUGAACUGGGCAGACUUGCUGCCCCCUCCCCCAGCGCAUCCUCCCCCACACAGCAACAGCGAGGAAUACAGCAUGUCUGUAGAUGAAAGCUAUGAUCAAGAAAUGCCGUGCCCUGUCCCGCCUGCACGGAUGUAUUUGCAACAGGAUGAUUUAGAAGAAGAGGAAGCUGAAAGAGGCCCCACGCCCCCUGUCCGGGGGGCAGCUUCGUCCCCAGCUGCUGUGUCCUACAGCCAUCAGUCCACGGCCACUCUCACCCCGUCUCCCCAGGAAGAGCUCCAGCCUAUGUUACAGGAUUGUCCGGAGGACCUCGGCCACAUGCCCCACCCACCGGACAGGAGGCGGCAGCCGGUGAGUCCUCCUCCACCACCGCGGCCAAUUUCCCCACCGCAUACUUACGGCUACAUUUCAGGACCCCUGGUCUCAGACAUGGAUACGGAUGCCCCAGAAGAGGAGGAAGACGAAGCUGACGUGGAGGUUGCUAAGAUGCAGACCCGAAGGCUGUUGUUACGUGGGCUCGAACAGACCCCAGCGUCUAGUGUUGGGGACCUCGAGAGCUCGGUCACUGGGUCCAUGAUCAAUGGCUGGGGCUCAGCCUCAGAAGAGGACAACAUUUCCAGUGGGCGCUCCAGUGUCAGUUCAUCGGAUGGUUCCUUUUUCACUGACGCCGAUUUUGCCCAGGCAGUUGCCGCAGCCGCCGAGUAUGCGGGCCUGAAGGUGGCUCGCCGCCAGAUGCAGGAUGCUGCUGGCCGCCGACAUUUCCAUGCCUCUCAGUGCCCUAGGCCCACGAGUCCUGUGUCUACAGACAGCAACAUGAGUGCUGCUGUAAUCCAGAAAGCCAGACCCCCCAAGAAGCAGAAGCACCAGCCAGGACAUCUGCGCAGAGAGGCCUACACAGAUGAUCUUCCACCCCCUCCAGUGCCACCACCUGCUAUAAAAUCGCCCACUGUCCAGUCCAAGGCACAGCUGGAGGCACGACCUAUAAUGGGGCCAAAGCUCGCUUCUAUAGAAGCGAGAACAGACAGAUCAUCAGACAGAAAAGGAGGCAGUUACAAGGGGAGAGAAGCUCUGGACGGAAGACAAGUCGCUGACCUGCGAACAAACCCAGGUGACCCCAGAGAAGCACAGGAACAGCCAAACGAAGGGAAAGGCCGAGGAACGAAGACAGCAAAGCGAGACCUUCCACCAGCAAAGACACACCUCAUCCAAGGUACCGACUUCCCGAACCUCAGGCAAACAGAAUUCUGUAAGCUCCCAGGAUACAUGCGUAGGCUUUCUGUGGCCAUAUGGGAAGAAAUAUGA